UGGGCUCCUCUCUCACCAUUUACUGAGUCGUUGGUCCCUCUUGCUUUGCGGCUCGGUUGGCUCCAGCUGUCUUAUUUUCCGCUCGAAACGCGUACGUUUCCGGCCCACUCAUCUUUUUUCACCCACUUUCCCUUACCCGUUUAAUUAUCUACGCACGGAGCGACCAAGUAAUGAAAAGUUUCUGGGUCCCACUUGGGCGACCAAGGAAUUAAUAGACGGUGGUGGUUCCCAGGGUUUACUUUGCUUAUUCUGCAACCCCGCUCGAGAGAAAGGAACGAUCAAGGGCGGCGGCGGAGGCCGCGGAAAUGGAUUCUCCGGGCAAGGACGACGCAGAGAGCAGAGGUACGGCGGAAGGAAGCGGCAGAGGAUCGGGAUACCGUAUGAUCGCGCCGAAACCAGAGCCCAUGGAGUUCCUGGGGACUGGCGCGCUACCCAUCAUUCGGCGGCAGGAGGCGAGGACCAAGGACCGGCACACUAAGGUGGAAGGGAGGGGGCGGCGGAUCCGGAUGCCGGCAGCCUGUGCCGCCCGGAUCUUCCAGCUCACACGCGAGCUAGGGCACAAGUCGGACGGCGAGACCAUCCGGUGGCUCCUCCAGCACGCGGAGCCGGCCAUCAUCGCCGCCACGGGGUCCGGGACCGUCCCCGCCAUCGCGACCGUAGUCGACGGCGCGAUCAAGAUCCCCACCGCGGCUCCUUCCUCGUCCUCGUCGCCGGCCUUGGCGUCCACAUCUGUGGAGGAGUCCGCCGCGAAGUGGCGCAAGAAGCUCCAGCCGACGCGAGCGUUACCGGCGCAAACGACCACCGCGUCCGCGCUCGCCCCACUCGCGGCGUUCUAUCCGAUCCAAGACCCUCUGCUGCAGGGGGGAGGCGCCAUCUCCAUAUCGACGGGUCUGGCGCCGAUCUCUCCGGCGGGGGUGGUGCCGAUGUGGGCGGUGGGUGGCACGGCUGCCGUGGCGGCCGGAGGAGGGAAGUUGAUACCUCCGGGAGCGCUUUGGAUACUGCCGCAACCAACAGGGGAGGCGUCCGGGCAGGCACAGAUAUGGGCCUUCCCUCCCGCCUCGCAGUUCAUCAACGUCGCCGGUACACAACCCGAAGCCGAGGCCGUAGCGAUCGCACAGGGGAAGAAGGAAGGACUGCCUCUGACGCGACCGGUAGCGGAGGGCGAGGAGGAGGCGCUUUCGGAGUCAGACGAGGACGAUAGAUAGGGUUUCUUUCUUCCUCCCACCUUUUUCCCCUUAUUUUUUCAUAAUUAAAUUCUGAGUCCGGAAUUGUAAGUGGGGCCAGAUGCAAAAAUCCACCAGCAUUUUUCAGUUAGGAUGAUUCGCAGGUGCGUGAGGAGGGAGGUAGAGUGGGAAGUAUUUUUGACUAUUUAGAAUGCCCUUAUAAAUAGUCUAAUAUAUAUUUUUAAUUAUUAAGUUAAUAAUUUUUAAUA